GCAGCCACACAGCAGCCAACAGCAGCGUUGUGUGCCGUUUGUGAGCUAACCAAAUAUAACAAAAGAGAAAGUGCAACAACAACAAAGUCAAUUUUUGUGUUCGGUACAAAAAAACCCCAAAAACAAAACAAAAAGUGUGCCCUUAAAAGGACUAUACAACAAGAACAUAAACAACACAACAAGUGCAACAAAACAUAAACAAAAAACAGAAUCAAUAUGGCAAAUAGCAAAGUUAUUUUCGGUGUCUUGUGUUUGGUGACGCUGACCGUGGCACUCCCAGCUGAGGAAACACGCGGCCAUGCCCGCAACGCCAUCGGCGGCAGCGGCGACAAUGAUAUUAUGGAUAGCAUCUACAGCGAAUGCCUUCGCAAGGAUUCCGUUUCGUGCGUCAAAUACAAGCUGUUCAACUUCGUCGACAAGGUGCUGGGCGUACGCGAUCAGUUCGCCCUCACUGAGGGUGUGACUGUUGUGCGCUCCCCGGAUGCUCCCGUGCAGGAGGCAGCUCGUUCCAUUUCUGGCGAUGAGUCGUUCGAGUCGUUGGCAUUGAAUCGCAUCAGCAGCUUCCUCAACACGCACACCAUCAAGGUCGAGCUGAAGGGUGCCGAUAUUGUGCAGGCAGUGAGCUCAACUGGUCGCGCUCUGGAGGAUGCUUCGGAAUCGCUGUUCGGCAGCAAUGAUCCCAAUGCGCCCGAGGAGAGCCGUGGCAAGAAGAAGAAGGCCGCCAAAAUCUUGGGCCCCAUUCUCGCUCUAGUCGCGCUGAAGGCCGCCGCUCUGUUGCCACUACUGUUGGGCGCUAUUGCAUUGAUUGCUGGCAAGGCUCUGUUGAUUGGUAAGAUCGCUCUGGUCCUCUCAGCGGUGAUUGGCCUGAAGAAGCUGCUGUCGCAGGAGAAGCACGUCACCUACGAAGUGGUCGCCCAUCCCCAUCACAGCAGCAGCCAUUCCGUCAGCCACGGCAGUGACUCCUACGGCAGCGGUUACAGCGCCGAUGCGGGCGCCUCUUCGGCUUCGUACGGCAGCAGCGGUCAUGGUGGCUGGGGACGUUCCAUUGAUGCUCAGGAUCUGGCCUAUUCUGCCCAGAAGCCACAGGCUUAAGUGUAGUCACAACACACAAGUCACUCAAAAUGAAGAUGAACCACCCGGAGGACCACAAUACGCACCACUAACCAUCAUCAACAACAACAACCAACUGAACCACUGACUGUUGAGCGAUCAAUCCGCUCUCACACACGGAGACAGACAGAGACUCUUAAGGAGGAGG